AUGGCUCUCUUAGAAAUAGCUAAAAAGAGCCUGCUUACUGCUGAGAAAUAUUCUGCCCUCAAUUCCCUCAUUUCGGUACAAUCUCAGCUAGGGCUUUUCAGUCAGAUUCAAGCGUCCCAAGAGCGCAUCCAUGCAGGUAAUUUGCCAUACUUCCUCUUAACGACUGCGCUUUGCCAACCUUCAGAUACAGGAGAGAGUAAAUCUCCUAUCGAUGGGCAUUUAAUCGCGGUCAAAGACAACAUUUGCACAAUAGACUUUCCGACAACAUGCGCUUCAAAACUGUUGGAGCGUAAGUUAAUGGUUCUCGACGUAUCCUAAACUCGAAAAACUGGCUGAAGUAGAUGAUAGAAUACACUUCCCCAUUCGACGCAACAAUAGUACGUAAGGUCAAGGAUGCCGGUGCUGUGAUAAUGGGGAAAACAAACAUGGACGAAUUCGGUAUGGGGUAAGCCCCCGGCUCUUUAUAUCAAACUAGACUCUAACCCUUGAGUGGCAUAGGUCGCAUUCCAUGUAUUCCCACUUCGGACCCGUGAUGCAGUCUGCCAAUGAUGGCCAGCCAGCCAGAUCUGCUGGUGGAAGUUCUGGGGGCAGCGCUGUUGCUGUUGCUACAGGAAUGUGCUAUGCGUAGGUCAAGUCUCGAAUGCUGUUGGGGUGUAACGCUAAGUUUCACGCCGGUAGAGCUCUGGGAACCGACACUGGUGGCUCAGUUCGCCUCCCAGCCGCUUAUUGUGGAGUUGUUGGAUUCAAACCUUCGUAUGGAAUGUUGUCCAGGUGGGGGGUGGUUGCUUAUGCAAACUCAUUGGACACAGUCGGAAUACUUGGGCGAAAUAUCUCAAGCGUCCAAAAGCUAUAUGGUAUCUUACGGUUUUCGCACCUUCCACCUCACAGGGCUCAUGUUUACAGAUACAAUUAAUGGCCACGAUGACGAUGACCCAACCAGCAUAACGCCGCAAGCAAGAGAACGAAUUCAGGACCGGUUAUCACGCAGCCGAAGAAAGGGCCGGAGGCUAGUUAUCGGAUAUCCCGAGGUAUGCCCCUCCCUAUCCAGUAUUCGAACAAGGCUCAAUACCUCACAGGAGUUCAAUCUUGUAGAAUUGGACGACUCUGUGCGUAAUGCGUGGGAAAACACACUAUCGCACCUGAGCCUACAGUCCCAUCGAAUUGUCGCUGUAUCCCUGCCUCACACUAAGCACGCUCUAUCGGCAUACUAUGUCCUGGCUCCCGCCGAAGCCUCUUCAAAUCUCGCCAAAUACGAUGGAGUCCGCUACGGCUACCGGGACCCCGACGACCGCUCAGAAGACGGUCUUCUCUUUUCACCCACUCGUGCAAACUUUGGCGCAGAAGUCCGUCGACGAAUAAUUGCCGGCGCGUACUCACUCUCCUCCGAAGCCAUCAACAACUACUUCCUCAAGGCGCAGUCAGCCCGCCGGGUCAUACAACAUGACUUCAGUAAUGCAUUCGCUCAACCAAAUUACCUUGUCACGGAUAAUCCAGAGGAAGGCCGCGGGGGGGGAGAAGGUGUGGAUGUGCUUAUCGCCCCAACCUCUCUUUCUAAGGCACCAUUUCUAGAAGAUGUCAAGAUGCAAAAGUCACCACUAGACUCAUACGUUAAUGAUGUAUUAACAGUUCCUGCAAGCCUCGCUGGUAUUCCGGCGAUCUGCCUGCCUGUUGUGCAUGGAGAGAAGGGUUCUGUGGGAAUGCAAGUUAUGGCACAGUACGGAGAUGAAGAGAUGAUGUGGGAAGUAGCAAAAAUCAUAGAGGAUGGGUUAGGGUCCAAAUUAGAGUAAGCUUCAAAUCCAGCCCAUUAACCUGACUGUAAAUAAAAAUAAACUACAAAAUGUAGAUGCAAACAAAUGUGGGUCUAUGAUACUCCACCCUUCAUAUUAAUAGCGGCGCGUGUAUACUGGUAUUCGCAUUUCCCAAUGACAGAUUAAGGGCGGAUAUGGCCAAAACUUGGGUUCCGAGAACUAUGGGGCUGUUUGGAACAAUGGCAAACUGACCAAUGGGAGGUCCUAAAACCAAUAGCAUAUCCAAGCCUUAUUAUUAGUUUGCCACAAACCACCGUUUGCCGUGCCAAACAGCCCCUAAUAAUUCCCAUGAUUAACGCAAGCUGAAGAAAAGAAAUCAAAAUAGCUACUGUACUCGUAGACCGCCCCUCCCCAUAAUAGACACGACCUCUCGACGAACCCUUACAAGCCUAUGGCUGAC